UGUCACUGAGCUGCAGACUGAGUGUGAGAGUGCUGGGGACUGGACAAAGAGUGCAGGGAGACAGUCUGAGAGAGUGCUGAGUGCCACACUCCCAGACAGCCUGAGACUGUGUGCUGGGGAGCCAGAGACUCACACAGACAGUGCUGGAAACUUCUUAUAGAAUGUUGGGAAACUCUCCUAGAAUGCUGGCAACUAACUUCCUCAUAGCGACAAACAUGCACAUCUAGAGUGUUAGAGUGCAUGGGGGGUGAGGGGCAGCUCCAAGAGAGUGCAGUCAGAGCGCACAGACCAAGCAGCAGGCACAGGGAGACCUAGAGACUGUCACCAGGAGUGAUACGUUGUUAUUAAACUUGGCAGUGGGCACAGAGCACAGGGCAUACAGACAUACUGAGUAUCUGGGCAAGGGAUGUUGGUCUCCAGGUGUGCUCUCAGGAUAUAGACUUCAUAUACCGGUGUAACCAGGAACUGCAUUGUGCAGAGAGAGAGAGAGAGAGAGAGAGAGAGGUACCAGAGAGAGAGAGAGAGAGAGCGGGAUAGUGAGUGAUAGUGAGUGAUAGAGCAUAGCAAGAGCUCACCUAGUGGGGUGGCUGCUUGGAUUUGGGUGAUAAGCGUUGCCCCAGGGUGCUGUAAAGCCACCCUGGGCAGUAUCAGUGCCCUCACUCUGGGAAUGGGGUCACUGGCCCUUGUCUUGGUGCUGUGCUGUGUGUGCUGCCCUGUCCUCACCCUGGUACCCCUAUCAGACUUCUACCCAUUUGGCCCCGGGGAAGGGGACCUUAUUACCCGAAGACAGGACGAUGGUGGAUCCGGUCUGCUACCCAUCUCAAGAGCCUUCACCUUCUUUGGGGACAAGCACAGUGGCCUCUACGUGAAUAAUAACGGCGUGAUAUCCUUCCUUCGAGAGGUAUCCCAAUUUACUCCUGUUGCAUUCCCUAUCUCCGGGGACCGCAGAGUGGUGGCUGCAUUUUGGGCAGAUGUUGAUAACCGUAGGGGAGGGGAUGUGUUUUACCGUGAAACAGAAGAUCCCAAACUUCUUCAACUUGCCACCAAUGAUGUACAUAGUUACUUUUCUGAACUUUCGGACUUCGGUGCCACGUGGGUUUUUAUUGCCACAUGGCACCGUGUAACCUUCUAUGGUGGUGAUACGACAUCACCGGUAAACACCUUCCAGAUUGUGCUUAUCACAGAUGGGGCGCGCUCCUUCACCGUCUUUAAUUAUGAGAAUAUUGAAUGGACUACAGGCCGCCAUGCCAGCAGCGGUGGAGAUAGUUCUGGCAGAGGGGGCAUUGCUGCCCAGGCUGGAUUUAAUGCUGGAGAUGGCUGGAGGUACUUCAAUAUUCCAGGUUCUCGCACAGACGACAUUGCAGUCAUUGCAAACACAACAAAUGUGGGGAUUCCUGGACGCUGGGUGUUCCGUAUAGACAACAACCAUGUGCAGGUUGGGGAGUGCAGGAAUGCAACCUCGGUUUGCUGGACCCUGCGUCCUUGCCAGAAUGGUGGCCGCUGUAUCGAUGACUGUGUGACUGGGAAUCCUUCCUACACCUGUUCGUGUCUCAGUGGCUUCACUGGAAAACACUGCCACAUCGACAUGGGGAAAUGUUUCUCUCAACCAUGUCAGAAUGGAGGAUCUUGCGUGGAUCGGCCUGGUUCCUUCCACUGUAUUUGCCCCCGAGAUUUCACUGGAACUAUGUGUGAGACAGAGGUAUCGCCCUGCGCUGAUCGGAUCUGUCAGAACGGAGGAUACUGCCAUGUUCAUAACCAAAUAGCAGUGUGCGUGUGUAGGCCAGGAUACACAGGGGACAGCUGUGAGACAGAAAUCAGGCCCUGCUCUUCUAUCCCCUGUAUGAAUGGAGGGACCUGUGAGGCUCUGGGCACUACUUAUGUCUGUCUGUGUCGCGCAGGAUUCACUGGCUUUCAGUGUGAGAAAGAGAUCAGCCCCUGCGCGUUGGCUGCUUGUUUGAAUGGAGGUACCUGUGAAGAGUUGGGUGCUAGUUACAGAUGUAGCUGUGUGCAAGGAUUCACAGGAGAAAACUGUGAGACCGAGCUCAAGCCUUGCAUGUCUUCUCCCUGCCAGAAUGGAAUCUGCGUGGAUCUGGGUCUCCGUUACAGCUGUGUAUGUAUGCUGGGAUUCACUGGAAUUCACUGCGAAUCUGAAAUCAAACCCUGCUCUUCAUCGCCAUGCCUUAAUGGAGGCACCUGUGAAAAUCAGGAUGGUGGCUAUAGCUGCCUUUGCCCACAGGGAUUCAGUGGCACACAUUGCGAGACAGAACUUAGACCCUGCUCUUCAUCUCCCUGCCUGAACGGUGGGACCUGCAGAGAUCUGUCUGACAGCUACUAUUGCCUGUGUGCGCAGGGAUUCACUGGAACAGAUUGCGAGACUGAGGUCAGACCCUGCUCUUCAUCUCCAUGCUUGAAUGGUGGGAUGUGCAAGAAUAUUGGUUCUACUUUCAGCUGUGUGUGUGCCCGAGGAUUCACUGGGACGCACUGUGAGACAGAGCUCAAACCUUGCUCUUCCAAUCCAUGCCAAAACGGGGGAAUUUGUGAAGACCGAGGUGCUACUUACAGCUGUCUCUGCAAACGUGGUUACACAGGAUCUCGCUGUCAAAUAGAGGUCAGACCAUGCUCUUCAUCUCCGUGCCUGAAUGGUGGGAUAUGCAGGGAACUAGGUGGUGGUAGUUAUAUCUGUGUGUGUACCCGGGGAUUUAGUGGGACGCACUGCGAGACAGACCCUCGACCCUGCUUUUCCAAUCCUUGUAUGAAUGGGGGGAUAUGUGAAGACAGAGGUACUAACUACAGUUGUCUUUGUAAACGUGGGUACACAGGACCUCGCUGUCAAACAGAAGUCAAACCAUGCUCUUCCUCUCCGUGUCUGAAUGGCGGGCUGUGUAAGGAUCUGGGAAUAAGUUACAGCUGUGUGUGUGCCCAGGGGUUCACUGGUACACACUGUGAGACAGUGAUCCGGCCAUGCCGUUCCCAUCCAUGCUUGAAUGGAGGGUCUUGCGAAGACAUGGGUCCUGGUUACAGUUGCUUGUGCACAGAACAAUUUACUGGAACGCAUUGUGAGACAGAGGUUAGACCAUGUUCUUCUUCUCCAUGUCUGAAUGGAGCCAUAUGUGAGGAUCUGGGUUCUAGUUACAGAUGUUCGUGUUCCCCAAGAUUUACAGGAACACAUUGCGAGACAGAGCUCAAACCCUGCUCCUCAUCUCCUUGCCUGAAUGGUGGAACCUGCAAGGAUGAAGACGAUGGCUACAGCUGCUUGUGCGAGAAGCCAUUUACUGGAGAACGAUGUGAGACAGAGAUCAAGGAGACACCGGGACCAUGUGCGUCUGCUCCUUGUGAGAACAAUGGUGUGUGUACGGAAACAGAGGGAACAUAUUCAUGUGAUUGUCCUUCUGGUUUCACUGGCAUCAACUGUGAAAACCGUAUGUCUGAUGGCUGCCCCUGCAGGAAUGGAGGUCGUUGUGCCGAUGGAAAUAGCACAUGUCACUGCCCACCAGGACACUUUGGUCUUCUGUGUGAAUACGAGGUCACAUCUCUUCCCUGCAGCAUGGGCUCUCAAUGCCCUGAUGGUGGAUCCUGUAUGGAAUAUGGUGGAAGUUACCUGUGUGUCUGUCACACGGAUUACAUCCUUGGCAAUCACUCCAUGCCUUCUCCCUGUGACUCUGACCCUUGUUUGAAUGGAGGAAGAUGUGAAUCUCAAGACGAUAACUAUUUGUGUGUGUGUAACCGUGGCUUCAGCGGAAAGCAGUGUGAGAAAGUAAAGCCGGCUCUGUGCAGUCUAUCUCCCUGUCGGAACGGAGGGACGUGCAAAGAAUCUCAUGAUGACUAUUACUGUGUGUGUCCCUAUCCCUUCACUGGAAAGCACUGCGAAACUGGUAUGAGGGGUCCCUGCUCGUCAGGUCCAUGUCAUAAUGGCGGUACAUGUUUUCAUUAUCUUGGCAAAUUCAAGUGUGAUUGUCCACCUAACUAUUCCGGAAGGCAAUGUGAGAAAGAGUUGGGAUGUGGACCUCCGGAACAAGUGAAAUACGCAAAGAUGAUUGUGACCUCCACGUGGCCCGGGGGCAGUGCAGAAUAUCAGUGUCAUGACGGGUACAUCCUAAGCUCCCCAAACAACUCCCGUAUUUGCAAUGAGGAUGGUUUGUGGAGUCAACCUCCAGAGUGUGAGGAAAUCGAUGAGUGUGCAUCUCAACCGUGCCAAAAUGGAGCAAUCUGUAAAGAUCGCGUGUCACAUUUUCUAUGUCAUUGUCCAGAAGGAUACAGCGGUCAGUACUGCGAGCUAGAGAUGAAUGAGUGUCUCUCAGAUCCAUGUAAGAAUGGAGGCACUUGUAAAGAUUUACCUGGGUCUUUUAUCUGUUCCUGCCCUGAGGGAUUCACCGGGACCCAGUGUGAGAUCGAACUAGAUGGCUGUGACUCGUCCCCGUGCCAAAAUGGCGGAAUUUGUGAGAAUCUGGCCGGCUCCUAUCUAUGUGUGUGUCCCAGGGAAUUUGAUGGUUAUCACUGUGAAACUGUGAGCAAUCUGUGUCUGUUGAAUCCUUGUGGCAACCGUGGUGUCUGUGUGCCAAGUGGAGAAGGAUCUGCUACCUGUACUUGCCGUGCUGGGUACACCGGGAUAACCUGUGAGAAAGAGCUGCCUCCACCUAUCUCUCUGUCUUUGGGGGCUGUGGGGGAGAACAGUGUGUGGGUGUUUUGGACUUCCCCUGAAGAUAGCACUGGUCAUAUGUUAGAUGGCUUUGCUGUGAGCUACACGGCCCCAGAUGGCUCUCCUCGGACAGAUUUUGUAGAGAGAGGUCAGACAGAACACGAGCUACGAGGUCUCAGCCCCGGACGUUCUUACAACAUCACCAUCGUAACAGUGAAACGCAAUCUGCGGAACAACGAUAUCAGCCGCCCACUCACCCUCCUCGCUCGCACACGACCACCGACUGUGGAGCGGCCUCGGAUCAGUUCUGUCACAGACUCUUCAGUCACAGUGUCAUGGUCUUUAAACUCUCACAGACACUCAUCAGUAGCCCAUGUUCGCCUUUCCCUACAACACCCAACAGACAGGACACAGCAAGUAGAACAGGAGCCCUUAGCGGGGGAAUAUACGUUCAAAGAUUUGCAGCCAGGAGAACGAUACACCAUCCUGAUUAGCACACUGACCAGCUCUGACCACAACAACCCACCGACAGAAAGCCUUCCCAGCACUCCUCUUGUAGGAUGGACACGUCCUCGCCCUCCUAGUAAUCUCACCGCUAUCUAUGUCACUUCCAAUACGGUGCACUUGGCCUGGGAUGUCCCCCCUGCUGGCUCAGUGGAUGGAUACAUUUUCAAUGUGACAAACAAUCACAGCACAAAGAGUCGCUAUGUUCCAAGUGGGAAGAUAACAUCAUACAUUGUGCAUGAUCUGCAGCCUGGACAACGCUACCGUCUCUCCGUCACUGCUCUUCACAACACUCCGCAAGGCCCUGUGAACAGCGAGCCUAAAAUACUGCGUGUGCAGACACGAAUGCAGAGGGAUGGUCCUCAGGAGCGACGUUUAAUGCCGCACAGAACUCUGAGGAACAAACCUCCUCCACCAGCACAACCUGAAGUCCGACUCCUAACAGAAAGAGGACCUCCUCCUGCUGAGACCCCUCAAGCUCACAGAUUUACUGAGCUGACGGAUGGUCGACGACGUAUCACUGCAAGAUUCAGUCAGCUGACUAAUAGAUCUAUCAGUAUCGCUAAAGAACCCGAGGCACCCAUCAGAAUAGACCAUCACGAAGAAUCUUCUGUUCCCAUCAGGCAGGCAAUGUCAUUACAGGAGUCCGAGCAGAGCAACAGAGAAGGUGAACAUACGGGUUGCCAGGCAGCCCCAUGUGUUAACGGAGGUACCUGUGUAAAUGGAGACAUCUGUGACUGCCCCCCUGGGUUUAAGGGGCAGCAGUGCCAGCUAACCUGCAGAAAAGAGACGUUUUCCUGCACAAGACUGUACUCCGAGACACUGUCACAUCCUGUGUGGGAGGGAGGAAUAUGUCACCACCUGUACAGAAGGGUAUACAAGGUCCAGCAAGAUAUCUGCUCAAGAGAGAUCUGUGAAGGAACAGCCCGAAGCAGACCAAAGACAAGAAUACCUUCCAAGCCUUGAGCGAUUGAAGAG